GCACUUUCGCUUUGCGCUGCAAUUUGCAUCUUGGAUUUGAUGUGCCUGCAUGCCAGGCACAGAUGAACUUUUCCUCCUACAUAGUGUUGAGCACCCUAGUAGUCUUCGGUGUGGUGGCCCAUGCGUUUGUUGUUCAUGAGCAAUUCUACCCAGCGGUCAUCUACUUGUCCACGGACAAGAUAUGCCUGGCUGUAAUGUACAAUUUUGUGUUUGCGUUGUUCUUGUUGUUCGGCAAAGUCCUUCUACGAGUCUUCAUCGGAACUCUGCGAGACGUGGAGGUGGAGCAAUUGGUUGAUUCUGGACGGGGCUUCUUAGCAGACACCAUACUUUUCUUGGUCUUCUAUGCACCCACAAUUGAUAAUCGUGAGGUUGGCACCGUCUUUCUUAUCCAGUACAUAUGCUGCGUCAUAUUCAUGAAGGUUUUCCACCUGACCACACAAAUCCGGGUCUCUCAUAUGUUCGAGGUUGGCGUCGCCAGGCUGAUCGUGAACAUCAAGCUGGUUGCUUUGAUGGCUUUGCUGCUGGGAUGUGACAUGCUGGCGCUGAAUUACUUCUAUAGCGUGGCGUCUGGAAAAUCAACUUUCUUCACCUGGAUCUUGUUCGAGGCCUUGACAAUGUCAACAGUGGUGAUAUUGUCAAUGUGCAAAUACUCCAUCCACAUGAUCGACUUGAGGCUGGAGAAUGGAUGGCCAGCUAAGUCUGUCUGCCUUUUCUAUGUUGACUUGAUACACGACGUCGUUUCCAUGACUCUUUUCCUGAUCUUCAUGCUGACCUUCUUCGUUCAGAACCCUUCCCGGCUUCCCAUCUACAUGAUGGCAGAUGUCAUACAGGUUGCUCGUAAGCUGGCGCAGCGCUUGCGCAGUUUCCGGAGAUACAGAUGCAUCUCCAUGAAUAUGGAGUUGCGCUUUCCAGAUGCCACAGAUGCUGAGAUUGAAGAGAACGAGCAUUGCGUUAUUUGUCGUGACUCAUUGUUUGAUGGCUCCAAGCCCAAAAAGCUAUCCUGCAAUCACAUUUUCCACAUAGACUGCUUGAAAUCCUGGCUUGUCAUGCAGCAGGUGUGCCCAACCUGUCGAGCAGAGAUCCCGGCAGAGGGUCCAUCGGCUCAGGACACUGGCUUGGCAGCAGCAGCUGCAGCUGCCGCGGCAGCAGUGCAAGCCCCAGCAAGCCAGCCUUCUGCACCAGCUCAGAGUGUUGCGUCUGACUCCACCGAGCAGGCGCCAGCUCCACAUGCCGCCAGUGCCACUUCAAGCACAGUCAGAGCCAAUGGACAGGUGACAGAAGCCACACCCGAAGUGCCCUGCUCUUCAAGCUCUGGCACACACCAGCCAUUUGCAGUUCCUCCGGCUGUCAAUGGCGCUGCGCACCUUCCUCCCUUGGAGGAGGUCCUUGAUGCGCUGAGACGCGCAGAGGAGGUUGCUGCCUACUUGAGGGGGCAACAGGAGUUCUGGAUCGAGCAGGUGCAGCAGAUCCAGGCUGGCGUCAUUUUCCAGCUUCAUUUGCUCACGCGCAUGAACAAGCUGCCCCA